GAGGGACAAAAAAAUGCCUAAUCCAAUUAUACAUAGCGUUCUUAGCGUAGGCCGCCGAGUGAGCAACAGGGUGGCGGCAUGUGGCACAGGUCUCUUAGUGCGGCUCUGUCAGCAGGCUGUGUAAAUCCACUUCCACACCCACGUGGCCGUCUUUAUUAGUGAGUCUUACAUUGUCAUUCUUUAGCUGCACAUGCUCUGCGGUCUCUGCACCCGACUCAUGACACGAGUCCUGUCGGUUGUCAAAAUCUCAGAGCACCCUUUUUCUACACAAGCCGCCCAUAAUUGAUUGUAGUCUCAUUCAAAAUCCAACAAUGCAGCUGCUCAUUCAUUGUUCGGUUGGUGGUCGUUCUUUGUGGUCGUCCGCUCUGGAGGGCUGUCUCAGGCCUGCGACCCGGCCCAUCUUCACACAUGCUGCCAUGCCAACUCCCAACCAUCCUUUCAGAGUCUAUGGCACAGCCUGUCACCCUAAAUAGUACAAAGGUGACCAGCGACCCGGCUCACCCGCAGCGUACGACGGACAAGUGGACGUCUUAGCCCCUCGAAGCAAGACACUUUCCAACAACUUCAGAUAUUUUAUUAAGCGCAAAGCGGAAGCAACAACAAUUUGCAAAAUAAUCUCUAACCAAGGCAGUCAUGGUGGCCGAACCGAGAUACCUGCAGUACUUCCUCACCCAGGCCAAGCUGAAGACACAAGACAACCUCGGGCUCCUCCUGGUCGACAAGGAGACCCAAAAUGGACGCAGUGUCAUCAAAGCCUGGAAGAACGCGAAAAGCGGACCUCUCGACAACGUGCUGUCGGACCCCGACCAUAAAUUUCUCCUCCGCCCAGACCGAGCCAACCACAUAAUCAUCUACCCCGGCGCGUUCAACCCGCCUCACAGAGGACACAUCGACACGCUGCUGGACGGAUUCAAAAACAGCGGCCCAGGCCUCAACAUCGUCGCGACCAUCGUCGCCCCGACGGGCGACAACGAGCUCCGCGCCAAGGAGGCCACCAGGAGGGCAAAGGGGGAGCCGGCGACCCAGGUCAUGCUGGACCAGAGGCAGCGCGAGGACCUGCUCAGGGGCGGCCUGGCUAGCCUGACGGGGCUCGCGAGCCACACCAAGGUGUGGACGUUCCCCGGCCUCGACCCGUUCAAGGGGUACCUGGAGGUCGUGAAGAAUCUCGCCCUGGCUGAGGGGUACGCCAUCGAGUUCCUGAGCCUGAAGGGGCCCGACCACCUGGUCUUCGACAGGCCCAUCCUCUACCCCACGUACCCCAACUGCAGGAAGAUCAUCUUCACCGAGGCCACGCGGCGGAUGGACAAGGAGGCGUGGCAGCAGGAUGGGAGACCGCGGAACCUCAAGGGGGGGUGGAAGCCGUGGUCAUGUAUCGGCCGCAUCCACGCCGCUGGUCGCGAGGGCGUGGUGUGGAGGAGCACAAUCGAGGGCGCGGGUGACUGUGAGGUCAGGCUCCUCACGGAUCCGGACAGGACGGGCAAGCUUGAGACCAGUUCGACCAAGAUCCGGAAUCUGAUGACGGACCCGCAAAAAAAGAAGGAUCGCAAAAGUCUCGAUGAGGAACUCGAAAAGGCCGGCGCCUUCUGUAUUGAUAUGCUUCUUGAGUUCCACGAGGAUAAUACUAAAACGGGAAAUACUCACAGCGGAAGCAUUCAGAGGGGAAAUACUCAGACAGGAAACACCCAGUCGGCGAAAACUCAGUCGGGGAAUGUGCAGGUGGCACCUCGUAGCGGAAAUACGCAACCGGAGAAGGUUCAGAGGGCAAAUACUGAUGCGGGAAGUACCCACGGGAGAAAGAUUGUACAGCCGUCAAAAAAGAAGACUCUGUGAGAUUGGCUAGUGUAACGGUGGGAGAGAUCAAUGCUAUUUACUAGUGAAAUCGAAAACUAUAUCUAA